AGCUUUCUUUGGACUGCAGCGAAGGCGCCAGAGUGGAUCGAUAAAGAUUACCUGCACAUUAACUAUGGAGCACACUGAAUUGAUUAAACCAGAAACCUUAGAUGACUUAAUUAAGGCUUUGCAUGAAAAGUUUUCCGGCGAUACAGUUAAUGUUGAAGAAGUGCAAAAUCUUAUGGAAUCGUAUGAGAGUAACCCUCAUGAAUGGAUGAAAUACGGCAAAUUCGAUCAGUUCAGGUAUACAAGAAAUCUUGUGGAUGAGGGAAAUGGAAAGUUCAAUCUCAUGAUUCUCUGUUGGGGGGAAGGUCAUGGCAGCAGCAUCCAUGAUCACACGGAUUCUCAUUGCUUCUUGAAGCUUCUUCAAGGCCAACUAAAGGAAACGCUUUUUGACUGGCCAGAUAAUAAAGUACGGCAAGGAAUGACCAAAAAAUCAGAGCGAAUUUUAAAAGAAAACCAGUGUGCUUACAUAAACGAUUCCAUUGGACUACACCGUGUUGAAAAUGUCAGUCACACAGAGCAGGCUGUAAGCCUGCACUUGUACAGCCCACCCUUCAACCACUGUAACAUUUUCGAUCAGAGGACGGGACACAAAAACACUGUGAAGAUGACAUUCUGGAGCAAAUUUGGAACAAGAACCCCCUUUGAAUCCACUGUUGCACAAGAAAACAAUUGAGGAACCAGAUGGAGUUGUCCUUUUCCAACAAGCAAUAACAGAAAUUUAAAUCCAGAGGAAAAGAAAGUGUGCUUUAUGAGCAGUACAGGAAAAAAAAUAAUAAAUGAGAGAGUAGAUCUGCAAAUCCAUGGCGAUAAUUAGAGCAGCGUUAUUACAUCACUUUAUAAUCCUAACUAAUGCUGAUUAAUGGACACUGUCUAACAAAAUAGUGGCAUUAGGAUCAGCAGAGAGAUAGAUCUACUCUUUGUUUUUUAAGCUCUAAGAAACACUCUGUCAAUGCCAGAAUUCUUUUGUAUCUCUGACCUGUAUAAUUCCACUUUUGUACUGUAACAGGGAACAACAAUAUUCAGUCAGUUGAUUGUGCCUCCCUCCAAUGAAACAAAGUCCAUGAAAUGUUUCACUCAGUUUACGUUAAAUUAAACAGGGCAAUACUGUCAAGCGCCUUUGUUCAGAAAAGGGAUAUAUAUUAUGUGUUUCUUGUAGAUUUGUUGAUUGUGUCAAAACACUAAUAUACUGUCCUUCUGUAUUAAGAGAACUGCAUCAAAAUAAACUGUACAGGUUGAUUAUGUUACAACAUCAUUUUUAAGUAAAAAAAAUGUAAUUUUUUCCAGUAUUUUAAAUUAGGUGUAAUAAAAGUGAUGGAUACAUUUUG